AUGGCUCCAUCUGGUCUCGCCAUUCUCAUUGGAGCAGGUCCCAACGCAGGGACUGGAAUUGCCCGCAUCCUCUCUCACCCUUCUCACGGAAACCUCGCCGUCGCUCUCCUGGCCCGUCGUCCCGAAUCCCUCAAAUCCGUUAUCUCAAAAAUCCAUGAAGCAAGUCCAGAUGCUGUUCUCGAGGCUUUUCCAACAGACACCUCAAAAGCUUCUCUUGAGAAGGCUUUCCGUGACAUCAAAGCGCAUCAGAGCUUCAAGGACUUGAAGCUGAACAUGGCUGUAUACAGCAUCAAGCAUUCUAGCAAGAAGCCAUUUUUGGAGGAGACGAGGGAGGACUUUGAGGAGAGUCUGGAAAGUUAUGUUGGCGGGGCGUUUACUUUCUCUCAAGAGAGUCUUAAGCGAUUCUUCGAGGACCAUGGCGAAACACCGUUGGCUGAUGGAGGGGAGAAGAAAGGAACUCUCAUAUUUACCGGCACCCUGGGUGCACUCCGUUGCAGCGCACAGUUCGCAGCCUACGGCGCAGGACGCGCUUCGGUGCGUCAACUCGCCCAAACACUGGCCCGCGAGAUGAGCGAGAAGGGCGUACACGUCGUGCACACGAUCGCCAAUGGCGCCAUCGCAGACGAUGACAGUGACGAGCAAAAGUUGGGAAAGAAGAUGAGUGCCGACGCUGUAGGUGAGACAUAUCUCUGGCUGCACAACCAGAAACCGUGUCUCUGGACGCAUGAGCUAGAUAUGCGACCAGCGUGUGAAAAGUUUUAG